GAUCAAAAUCUUGACGGUCAUCCUUCAUCUUCUCGUAUUCAUCACGACAACAAUAUUUUUGCAAUUAGUAAGGCUCCAUUGAGGCAUCUUAUAAAAGAAAUUGCAAAAAAUUUUAAAUUUGACGUAAGGUUUCAAAAUGUUGUGAUAGAUAAAAUCCAAGAGGUACACUCUAAUCAUUUCAAUCAUUGUUGGCGUGAAAAUCAAGAUUGCAUGAAUUCCAUGCAAACACCACUACCACCAAAGGAGAAUCCACCACCACCAAAGGAUAUUUUCAAAACAGAUGCCGAAAAAAACAAUUACGAUACUUAUUUAGAGAUGCCAUUGAUGCCAAUAGAUCUCGAAUCUGCAUCACAAUUUC